AUGUUCUUGAAAGCAACUUGGACGUCCGAACCGCUGCCGCGACAGGAGAUCGGUGAGAGCCGCUUGGAUCUUCUUGGGAAGUUUUGGAACCUGGUGGACCAGGGAUGGCUACGGCAUCAGUGGGAGAUGUGGCCAACCGGACUCGGUCGCCGACUGGUGGAACAUGGAGGCAGCCUGGAUGGAUCAGGGGAGAUGGCACAGAAGCUUGCUGAUUUCAGGAUGGAAGCAGCACCCCGAUGGGACGGCGAGCGCUCUGAGGAGCAGUGCCGGGAGUACGCGAGGACAUUGAAGCUGUGGCUGAUUGAGGCCAAAGAACGGUUGCCAGGCAAUCUGAUAGGGAAACGAAUCCUGGACUCGAUUCCCUACGCGAUCACGAUCAUCGAGGAGGCCCAUGAGUACUUGAAGGUGGCCAAGCUGGAGCAAGCCUUCAAUGCGGCGAUCUUUGGCGGAAGGCGCAAGGCGUGCCAGAGCUUGACGGGUUUCCUUGCGAGCAAACGUGCUGCCUUUGCUGAACUGAAGAAACAAGGCCUUGAUCUCCUCGAUUCCGAGGCCGGCCAGCACUUGCGCGGCCAUUUGGUCCUCCGCCAAGGAGGCUUCAGCCAGGACGAGCGCCAACGCAUCCGAGUGUUAACAGAUGGCUCGAUCAACUUCAAGCUGGUGGAGGCCGCCAUCCGAAAGAUCUUCAAUGAUACCCUGGAUGUAGUUCCAGAGUACAAGGGCAAAGGCUCGUACUGGAACGAGGAAGAUGGUGAUGAGGAUGCCGGGGAUUGGUGCAAGGGCCACGUCUACUACCAAGACGAAGGCUACAAUGAUGGCGAGGCCACGAUCUUCGAGGAUCUGAUGGAGAUGGAUGACUCGGGCGAGGUGUACAUGUGCCUGGAAGAGAUGCUCCCGCCCAUGCUUGACGAGACGGAGGCGAUCCAGUAUGCAGGCGGGCUGGUGAGCUAUGUGUACGCCGAGACGGCUGAGAGAUGGAUGUCGAAAGGGAAAGGAAAGGGCAAACGGCCCAAAGGCAAAGGAAAGGGAAAGGGCCACGGCAUGAACAAGGGCACCAAUGGCUUCGGCGUCUACGGCACUUACGCCGAUCACUGCAAGGCCUUGCAGGACGUCCUUGCAAGACCUCAAGAACAGGAGAAGGUGCCACCAGUGCCAUCAGAUGGGACACUGGAGCCGUCAGGCUCGCACUCUGUCUCAGAGAGUACGGCAGCUCAGAAAAGGAAGGGCCCGCAUCAUUUCAUCAUUCCCGCCGGCUCCGCAGAUGGCGCCUGUCCCGAAGUCCUUGGGCUGGGCGACGGUGAGCUUGGUCGUACUCGGCAUCGACGGAGGUCGCCUUCGCUGGGGGGGAGUGCUUUGGUGGACACGGCUGCGCAGCAUGGUUUGAUUGGUGAACAAACAUUGCAACAGCAUGACCUUUACUUGCAACAGCACUACCGCCUCCGCGUGCAGAUCACGGGAGAGAAGGUGGAACCGUGCGUGGUGUGUGCGGGCUGGGGUGUUGCGGGUCCAGGUGGUGCCGGGAAGCAUGCCAUGUCUUUUGCCCGCGUAUUUGCUGACGCAGACUGGAGCGACAUGGCCAACCUGUUGCUCUUUCACACGUCAGUGAACACCUUUCAGUACAUGAAGCGGACCGUUCCUGACCUCCCCCGCGAAUCUCGAGCUUGCUGUGCUGAGCGGAUCUCGACAGCCUGCGACCUUUUCGAGCAGACCAUUCGCCAAACUCAGCUCAGAGGACUUCGGCGAUUUGCUUUGCAGAGGGCUGCUCUCGAGCGGAAGGCAAGGCUGAUUCAACAACAGGAGCAGCUGCUGCUGGCAGCCGCUAAGGAACAGGCGACGCGUCCUCCUGGCCGACGUUUGGUGGCAGAGGAGCGAAGUUCAGCAUCCACGCGUGGAGCAUGUGGGCCGCAGCAAAAAUUUGACACCAGUGUUGGAGCCGACCACGUGCUGGCACAAGAAUGCCAAGCACGGCGCCAACAGCGACUGGUCUUGGACGAAGUGUGA